UCACAGCGGGGGCUCGGAGGGGCCUGGCUGGCGCCGAGGGGCCGGAUCCCGGGAGCCGCCGCCGUGGUCGCCAUGGUCCGAGCCCGCAGCCCCGGCCGGCAGCCCCGCGGCCCCCCGGAUGCCCCGGAGCGCCCGGCCCGCUGGAGCCUGGUCCUGCUCGGGGCGCUCUUCGCCGCCAUCGCCGCCAUCGCCGCCGCCGCCGCCGCCCGGGGAUACGCGAGCUACCGGGAGGCCCAGGCCGCGGCGCGGAGGGAGGCAGCAUUAAAGUCCCUGGGGACAGAAGGCCUGUUCCUCUUCUCCUCUCUGGAUUUAGACAAAGACCUGUCCAUCAGCCCAGAAGAGUUCAAGCCCAUUGCUGAGAAAUUCACAGGGUCGAUGCCUGUCACUGACUCUGAGGAAGAAGAGAAGCCCCCACUUGAUUCCAGUGAGAUGCUGUACGUAGAAGAGAGCCUGUUUCCAGAGGAGAAGCUGUCCGUAGUGGCCCGAUUCCAGCCCCUGCUCCUGGAGACCAUGACAAAGAGCAAAGAUGGUUUUCUGGGGGUUUCUCAUCUUGCUCUGUCUGGGCUUCGAGAAUGGAAGACCCCUGCCUCACAGCUCAUGGAGUUCUCUGCUCGCCAGUUCAAGCCUUUCCUGCCCCCCAAGGGCAACAUGGAGCUGGGAGAGCCCUGGUGGGUUAUCCCCAGUGAGUUAAGCAUCUUCACUGGAUACCUCUCUAACAACCGCUUCUACCCACCUCCUCCCAAAGGCAGAGAGGUCGUCAUCCACAGGCUGCUGAGCAUGUUCCACCCAAGGCCCUUUGUGAAGACCCGCUUUGGGCCCCAGGGCGCAGUGGCCUGCCUCAUGGCCAUCAGCGACUCCUAUUACACGGUGGCUUUCAGGAUCCAUGCUGAGUUCCAACUCAACGAGCCACCCCACUUUCCCUUCUGGUUCUCUCCAGGACAGUUCACUGGGCACAUCAUCCUCACCAAAGAUGCCACCCACGUCCGUGAAUUCAAGCUCUUUGUGCCUAACCACAGGUCUCUGAAUGUGGACAUGGAGUGGUUGUAUGGAGCUAAUGAGAAGAGCAGCAUGGAAGUCGACAUUGGUUACCUCCCUCAGAUGGAGCUCGAAUCCCAGGGCCCCUCGGUGCCAUCUGUGAUCCAGGAUGAGAAUGGCAAUGUGAUUGACAGCCGCCUGCCUUCUGGGGAGCCCAUCCAGUUUGUGUUUGAGGAUAUUGUGUGGCAGCGGGAGCUCAGCUGGGAGGAGGCAGCCCAGCAGCUGGAGCUUGCCAUGUACCCAUUCAAGAAGGUCACCUACCUGCCGUUCACUGAAGCAUUUGACCGAGCCAAGGCUGAAAACAAACUGGUGCACUCCAUCCUGCUCUGGGGGGCCCUAGAUGACCAGUCCUGCUGAGGUUCAGGGCGGACUCUCCGGGAGACAGUCCUGGAAAGUUCGCCCAUCCUCACCCUCCUCAACGACAACUUCAUCAGCAGCUGGUCCCUCGUGAAGGAGCUGGAGGAGCUUCAGAACAACCAAGAAAAUGAAUUCCACAAGGAGCUGGCCAACCUGCACCUGGAGAAGUACAGCUUCCCCGUGGAGAUGAUGAUCUGCUUACCCAAUGGGACAGUGGUGCAUCAUAUUAAUGCCAAUUACUUCCUGGACAUCACUUCCUUGAAGCCAGAAGAUAUUGAGACUGGUGUCUUCAGCUUCUCAUCAACCUUUGAAGACCCAUCCACAACGACCUAUGCACGAUUCCUGAAGGAGGGACUUCGCCGAGCCCAGCCCUUCCUUCAGCCCUAGGACCCCAGCCAAAAGGGCACAGUGCUAGAUGAACUUUCUUUUUCUAAGCUGGCUUCUUUCAGUCCCCAGGUGUGACUGAAAUUCCCCAUCAGCUACAAGGACGGAGUUGAACCUAAAGCCAGAGUGCUCCUUCACACAUUUCAGUCCCACAGAACUGUUUCCACAAGAUGCAGCAACUGGCCUUGGCCUCUCUGGAAACCCCAGUGGUGGUGUAGGGCUCCCUAUUUCAGGUUCCAUUUCUUCAUGUUUCCUCCAGCUGCUCCUGCUUUGAGCCCUAAAUAUUAAUUUAGAAAAGAAAUAGGAUUGGCAUCUAGAGUUUCCUGUGGGGAAAGACCCAUUCUGGUGGCCCUGGCACCUGAGGACUUGGCAGCCCUGGGACCCUUCCUUUUGUUCUCCAUUAGGGCUGUCCUAUUGCCUCUCGUUUUUCAAAAGCAAGCAAAGCAUCAAGAGAAGAAUCCUGUGCAUUUGGGCUGAGGAGCAUCGGGGAAGGAGAGCUGGGCUUCGGUCUGGAAGGCACCAAGCUGCGUGCCUGUUGGCAGCUGCCUCACCCUCCGUUGUCCUUCCUGAACAGCCUUUCUGCUCCCCUGAAGUCUGCCGUGACUCAUUCUCUUUAUUCUCGUUUUCUCCAAGAUGCGGGGGAGUUGGCCCAGGCCAGACUGCCACCUGGUUCAGGUCAGAAGAGAAAGGGAGACUGAAGCUAGAUGCAGCCGUGUCACCAGAAAGCCCCUAAGGGGCCACACUGUCUGGUCUCUGUUUUUCAGUGAGAAACCAGGUUUGGGUAGAGACCAGGGGCACCCUUGAAGAAGAUAAGUCAUGAGAGGACCAAUGUAGAAGCAGUGCAAGACCUGAGUGGCCAGACCUCAUGCCUGCCACCCUCCUCGGGGGCCUCAAGGACAGAGUGCCUGUCCUCCCCACAUGCCGUUGGGUGUCCUUUGCUUGUUUUCUGGCCCCUUGAGUGACUGUCCAGCAGCAUGGUAGCCCCACAACCCCGCAGGCCAAGUGCCUGUUGGUAAAGCAAGGAGACCUGGCUCUUAAGAGUUGAGCCAAGCACUGCGGCGCUGGCCUUGAGAAGUGGAAAUCAGGACGCUUCCCCUCCCAUUCAGUUCAGUCCUUGGGUGCUCACCUGAGUGCAACCUUGACUGCACAGUAUGGUAAAGGGAAGAGUCUAGAUGUGGAGGCCAAAGAGCUGGCUUCAAAUCCUGGAUCUCCUCAUCCACAUGAGUCACAAUCAGGAUUUCAGAGCAGGAAGGGACCUCGUUGGCCUCCUGGGUCCACCCAUCCUCAAAAAAGAGCCCCCACUGUACCCAACCAGUGUCAUCCAGCCCCUCGUGAGGAGGAAACCCAUUACCUGCACGUUCCACCCUUGAUAGUCAGGGAGUUUUUCCUCAUGUCAAGCCUAGUUCAUGUCUGCUUCUUUGCAGUUUCUACCUGUUGCUCCUGAUUCUGCCUCGUGGGGCCAGGCAGGAUAAGUCUGAUCCCUCUGACAGCUGACAGCCCUUCAGGUGCUUACUGUGCGCUUACUGAGCAUCAACAAGCCCCCCUUGCCCCUCCAGGCCUGCUUGAACAAUGAGGAGGUCGGAUCAGAUGAUCUGAGCAGUUUCUUACCAUUUUAACUGAUCCAGUCUCACUAGACACCACCUCUCUAGCAAACUGAAUGAAGCUACUUGUUCUGUGUGGCUAACUAGACUCUCAACACCCUCUCAACCCUAGCCGGAGGGCCCCUCUCCCAGCAGAAGGAUUUUUGCAAGUGAUCCCAGUGGGACUUGGUUUUGGUUUGGUUUUUUUUUUUGGCUUUUUGUUGAGGCAAUUGGGGUUAAGUAACUUACCCAGGGUCACACA